GUAGUUGUCUGCACAGCCCAGGUGUGUUAUAGGACCGACAACAUCCAAAAAGAAUUAAGGCUUAUUCCUUAACUGUUUUCCUAGUGAAAUGUGCACAGAUUGCGCUGUCUUAGCUCAAGAGCCAGACAAGUCUUGUUGAUUUAAAAGAGCAAUGCCAAUGGCUGAGUGGCCAACAAUGAACUAGACAUACCUACGUCACAUUGCUGUUUGACACAACUACCCAAAGCUCAAGCUCUUGUUUAAAUGGUUCUAAAUCAGACGAAUAGUUGAAUUAUGAUUGUUUUAUAAUUGCUUGACAGCAGGUUUGGACAGUGUUGGAUAGAAACAAGCAAAUUCAAUGAAUUUUUACAUAUUUAAUUCUCAAAUGUACAAGAUGGCCGCACACACAUCCCUUUUAACACUUUAUCCGAUCAAAGCCAUGAAAUGAUAAUUUUGAAAUGUAAUGAAACAUGAUACAAACUAAAGCUACAACACCGCGUCUACGUCUGCAUGGAAAUAAAAAGCUGCGCAAAGUAAUGGGCACUCUAUAAAAAUAGUUGUACGCAGCCUUGCUCGAUUAUUCAUGGUUGAAAAAUUUCCAGGUAAUCCCUGAUUUUAAGUUUAAACGUUACCACAGUUUAGCCUUGGUAAUUUUUUAUGAAUUACAUCUUUUAUGAAAUGUUAAACACUGACAACCCACCCAUUUAAAUGUAUCAUGGUCCAGUGCAGCUACUUUUCAAAAGAUAGAGUAACAGGUGUCGGUAACAUAUAUUUACCUUAAAAGAAGUAGUCCUGAUGAAAAACGACAAUGUACUCUUCUUUAUUAGAUUGUAUUCGUAUAUUUCCAAGUCCAUGAGAGACGACUAACUAAGGUGAAAGAUGUUUUUUUUCAAUUCUUAACAAUGAAGUAAUGGACAGCCCAACUACUAUCCAGAUGAGUACUAGUAAUCCAUCUUCUGCAAAGCGGCCAAGAGUCAGAUUGGAGAGAGAUAUUAAUACUGACGAAACAGCUAAUCAUUCCGAAGAAAAUACGCACCCUUUCUUUGCUAGUGAUACAGUUGAAAUAUACAGAAGACAGGGGAGAACAGCAGCAGAGAUCGAUGAAGACAGGGAUGGUAGUCAUCAGAAGAGACAAAGUCGUAAAAGAAGAAGAUCUCAAUCGCCCUCACAUGGUAAUCAUGGCACAGAUGUUAAAAUGGCGAGACGAUUUACAAAUCCCAGAUUCGUUGGUGAUUGUAUUCUCAGGUAG